UCGUCAGUUGGAGCGGUCGUUGUGUCCGCUGAAGUGUUCCCCAAUAGAAGUGAAACUUUCUAAAUUUUGUGUAGAAAGUGCAGCAAUUCAAAUCAUAAGUUUAGUUCCCUGCCGUACGUUACAUUAAGUCAAACACAAUGGGAAUCAAAUUCCUGGAAGUUAUCAAGCCCUUCUGCAGUAUACUGCCUGAAAUUGCAAAGCCCGAACGCAAGAUCCAAUUCAGAGAAAAAGUACUAUGGACAGCCAUCACAUUGUUCAUUUUCCUGGUAUGUUGUCAAAUUCCAUUGUUUGGCAUCAUGAGCUCCGAUUCGGCGGAUCCCUUCUACUGGAUCCGUGUGAUUCUCGCCUCGAAUCGUGGCACACUUAUGGAGCUGGGCAUCUCGCCCAUUGUGACAUCGGGUUUGAUAAUGCAGCUAUUGGCGGGUGCCAAGAUCAUUGAGGUCGGUGAUACGCCCAAGGAUCGUGCUCUCUUCAAUGGUGCACAGAAACUAUUCGGCAUGGUCAUAACGAUUGGACAAGCGAUUGUCUAUGUGAUGACCGGCAUGUACGGUGAUCCAUCGGAAAUCGGUGCCGGCGUCUGCCUGCUGAUCAUCAUUCAGCUGUUUGCCGCCGGUCUCAUUGUGCUCCUGCUCGACGAGCUGCUCCAGAAGGGCUAUGGCCUGGGCUCUGGCAUUUCGCUGUUCAUUGCGACCAACAUAUGCGAGACGAUCGUGUGGAAGGCCUUCUCGCCCACCACGGUGACAACGGGACGUGGCACCGAAUUCGAGGGCGCCGUAAUUGCUCUGUUCCAUUUGAUGGCCACGCGCAACGAUAAAGUGCGUGCACUGCGCGAGGCAUUCUAUCGCCAGAAUCUGCCCAAUCUGAUGAACCUGUUGGCCACCAUCUUGGUGUUUGCUGUCGUCAUCUAUUUCCAAGGUUUCCGCGUCGAUUUGCCCAUCAAGAGCGCCCGUUAUCGCGGCCAGUACAGCAGCUAUCCAAUCAAGCUGUUCUACACUUCCAACAUUCCCAUCAUUCUGCAGUCUGCCCUUGUCUCCAACUUGUACGUCAUCUCGCAGAUGUUGGCCGUUAAAUUCCAGGGUAAUUUCUUCAUCAAUUUGCUUGGCGUUUGGGCCGAUGUUGGCGGUGGCGGUCCAGCCCGUUCGUAUCCCAUUGGUGGCCUGUGCUAUUAUCUGUCGCCGCCUGAGAGUGUGGGUCACAUUCUGACCGAUCCCAUACAUGCGCUGCUCUACAUUGUCUUCAUGUUGGGCUCCUGUGCUUUCUUCUCCAAGACAUGGAUCGAUGUCUCUGGCAGCUCAGCCAAGGAUGUUGCCAAGCAGCUGAAGGAGCAGCACAUGGUGAUGCGAGGCCAUCGCGAGAACUCGAUGAUUCAUGAGCUGAAUCGUUAUAUUCCAACGGCCGCUGCUUUUGGUGGCCUCUGCAUUGGCGCUCUAUCUGUUAUGGCAGAUUUCCUGGGCGCCAUUGGCUCUGGCACGGGUAUCCUGCUGGCUGUGACGAUUAUCUAUCAAUACUUUGAGAUUUUCGUUAAGGAACAAUCCGAAAUGGGUGGCAUGGGCACGCUGCUGUUCUAAGCAGUUCAAAUCCAAACUUUCAACAUGAAAUUAUAACAAUAACAGCUAACAAAUACUUCAUCAUACUUCUCACAUGUCAGCUCGCUUUGCCCCUGCUCCGCCCCGCCCCCGCCUCGCGCCUACCUAUUAAGCAAAUUAACGUUUUUGUAUGGUUUUUAAAUUCCACGAUAGGGCCUAAUUUUAAGGCUAUUUGCUGCCGUGUUUAGCUGGCCUUGGCAAGAAUUAUUGUUUGUGUUAAAUGCGACAAGAACUUUAGUUUGAAUAGUUUUAUUAGUUUGUAUCAUUAAAAAAAUGUGAGACUUUAUUGCUUAAGUUCAAUAUUUCGCUGAAUUGAUUGAAUUUCAAUGCAAUCCAUUGUUUUAAAGAAGUGUAAUAUAAUUAUAGAACAUCGAUUACACGUGGAAUUAUUAAACACGAUGAAUUAUGAGUACAUGAAACGAACAUUAAAAUCACGCAACAUGCAUACAAAUUGUCAUAAUAAUAAAACGUAAAUUAGAUAAACUUUUUUAAUUCAA